AUGCCUUUUCGAGGCCAUGAUGAAAGUGAAACUUCUGCAAGAAGAGGAAACUUUUUAGAUCUCUUAAAGUGGUAUGCGGAUAAGAAUGAAGAUGUGAAACAAGUUGUGUUAGAAAAUGCUCCACAAAAUGACAUCAUGAUUUGUCCAAGUAUCCAAAAAGACAUUGUGAGUUCUUGUGCAAACGAAACAGUGAAAGCAAUUGUUGAAGACUUAAAUGGGGAUUACUUUGGGAUAUCAGUUGAUGAGUCUAAGGAUGUCUCUCAUAAAGAACAAAUGGCUCUUAUUCUGUGGUAUGUCAAUAAAGAGGGUAAACUAAUUGAGCGAUUCCUUAGUGUUGUUCAUGUUAAAGAUACAUCUGCACGAUCAUUGAAAGACGCGAUAUAUUCUUUGCUUUUAGAACAUAAUUUGAGCUCAUCUCAAAUUUGGGGACAAGGUUAUGAUGGAGCUAGUAACAUGCAAGGAGAAAUCAAUGGUCUUAAAACUUUGAUUACGAAAGAUUCUCCUUCGGCAUAUUGCACACAUUGCUUUGCUCAUCAAUUACAAUUGACUCUUGUAGCUGUUGCAAAGAAGCAUCAUGAGGUAGAUCAAUUUUUUGAUAUUCUGGGUAAUGUUUUAAAUGUUAUUGGAGGUUCUUUUAAGCGUAGGGAGAUGCUUAGAGACGAUCAAGCAGAAAAAUUAAAGGAACUACUAGUGCUCGGUGAAGUUCAUACAGGAAGUGGAUUGAAUCAAGAACUUGGACUUCAAAGGGCAGGGGAUACACAUUGGAGUUCUCAUUUUAAGACAGUGCGUAACUUUAUUAGUUUAUUCUCCUCAAUUAUUCAUGUACUUGGAGUUCUUGCUAAGGAGGGUUCAAAUUAUCAAGAGAGAACACUAGCAAAAAGUUUAGUAGAUGACAUAAGAUCUUAUGAGUUUGUGUAUACAUUGCAUUCGAUGUUGAAAGUGUUGGCAAUUACACAUGAUUUGAAUAUGGCCUUGCAAAGAAAAGAUCAAGAUAUCGUAAGUGCGAUGAACCUUGUUGGUUUCACAAAGAGACAAUUGCAAUCAAUGAGAGAGUCUAGAUGGGAUUCUUUGGUAAAAGACGUUUCUUCAUUAUGUGUCAAGCAUAUUAUUGUGAUCCCCGAAAUGGAUAAGAAUUAUGCUCUUGGAAAAUCAAAGCGUAAGAUCUCAAGUGUCAAAUAUUCUCAUCAUUUGCGUGUAGAAGUUUUUAAUACUGCUAUUGAUUUGCAACUUGCAGAGCUUAACAAUCAUUUUGAUGAAGUGAAUACUGAUCUACUUCUUGGUAUGGCUAGUUUGAGUCCAGAUAAUUCUUUUGCAAAUUAUGAUAAAGAGAGGAUUAUGAAACUUGCUACAUAUUAUCGGGAUGAGUUUAGUGUUUCCAUGCUUGAGGAUCUUUGUUUUGAGCUUGACAACUAUAUUGAUUAUGUGCGAGAAGUGAACAAUGCUUUCUCUAACUUGAAAAGACUUGGAGAUCUUUCAGAGACAUUGGUUAAAACAAAUUUGCACAAGACUUGGAGACUUGUUUAUUUGCUUGUGAAGUUGAGCUUGAUAUUAACUGUCGCUACUGCAAUGGUGGAAAGAGCUUUUUUUUUCGAUGAAGACAAAGGCAUUCUCCUAAAAACAUACGACAUUGGUUACUUCUCUCGUUUCUUUUUCCGGAAUGCUGUGAUUUACUUGUGGGACUACACUAG